AAUCCCAGUGGAAGAUGUACUAAGGAUCAUUCGCUAAAGUUCAUCAGUCGUUCUUUGUGUUCUAAUCAAGACAUUAGUUUCCAGCUCGACCAAAGUAAUUAGACCGACGGAAUGGCAGACAACUCUCAGCAGAUGAGCUUCAAUGCUGGCCAGGCCAAGGGCCAAACCCAGGAGAAGGCCAACCAGAUGAUGGACAGGGCCAGCAAUGCCGCUCAAUCCGCCAAGGACUCAAUCCAGGAGACCGGGCAGCAGGCGAAGGCCAAGGCACAGGGAGCUGCUGACUCAGUCAUGAAUGCAACCGGAUUGAAGAAAUGAUCGAUCAGACGAACGACGUUUCUCGUUGCCGCGAAAUAAUUUUUCGAAUCUACUCCAAUAAUCAUUCGUGGUGACAAUCUUCGGAUUGUGUUUUGUCGAGUCGGGACCCGGGCCCUAUUGUAGUGUUUCGUUUUUUUUUUUUUUUUUUUUUUUUUCCUAUUUUUAGUUCUGAAGUUGAUAAGAGCAAGGGAGGCACUUCAUGUGAAAAAGCAUGGAGGUCUUUCCUCGCGACGGUUUCUAGAAGAGUAGCUUUUGGAGAUCAAUUGUUAGUUUUCUUCUUCUUCAUCUUAUUAUUAUUAUUAUUAUUAUUAUUAUUAUUAUUAUAAUGGAUUAUUUAGAUUCAUUGCCUUAA